UAUAUUUCGACCUCACCUCUCGGAGACUUUUCUUUUUGGUUUUACUUCCCUCUUGUAAAAGGCUUGGCGAAAACUGGGGAUGUUUUGGUGUCGCGUCGCCUGAUGUCUCUCUCUUUCGUUGACAUGACAGACAGACACUGUUCUCGCUACAUCUACUGCGCGCGAAAAAAAGAAACUGCAUCGCGAGUUCCGGCUGUCGUAAUAGGUAGGCGUGGGUGGAAGGGGCGACAAGGGAACCGAGAAUGAGGGAAAGAGCGUGGCAAAAGGUCGCUUCACCGGACUGGAGCCGAAACCUCAACAGCAGAACACGGGCGCCGAUAUGGAACUACAUGUAGUGGCCACCGAGCCUUCCAUGUCCAAUGUAGACGUCUCCAGGUGUUCAAUCCCCACUUGGACGGCUUGGCUAGUUGAAUAGGACGAGAAGAAGGGGAAGGCGAAAAGGAGCGAGAAGGAUUAAUGGGGUUUUCUCAAGCAGAAAGAGACAAGUUCCAUGCAGGGAUUCGAGAUUUCGGAAGGUAUUCCAGCCUCAUCGCAUAUUGAGAUUGUGAGAAUGGCUGCUACCAUGUGUGGGUUCAUGGCUAUCACCUACCUCCUAGGACAAGAUUGUUUUGCGAAAAUCUUUUGCCACGGUUCCAGUGGCGUUCGUUGCAUUCGAAGGAGCAAGUUGCGGUUCUCAGAAGAGGUUUUGUGUUACCAAGUCGAGCUUGAUCUACCUACAGUCCUCUGGCGGUGACGGCGACGACAACGACGAUAGUCUUUUACGGCGCGCAGACCGACCGUUGCAUGCACUCUGAUGGGACUUACGGAGUCGAUACCGGUAUUGCUGGAAGGGGAGGCCGAAUCCAUGGCGCUGGUAAGAAGUCAGAGGCCUACUGUGCGUCCGCCAUGAGAGUCGAGAGGAUCGUGCUGCCUAGCUGGGCGUUAUCGCGAGCCUCGUGUCCUAUCUACCUCUUAUGAUGGCGCCCAAGGUCGGCUACUCUCUCUGGCAGUUCAUGGUCGACACUACUUCCGGGGUUUGGCCGCAGAACAUGACUCAAAGCGACCUCGCUUGCUCAAGCAACUGCUGAUUUUUGACUCGCGCGACUGAACUCCGAUAUAUGCUCGCGUCGUAUUUGACAUCACACACUACUAGCCAGUUUACCAAAACUAGGGAUCGAC